GAAAGCUUUACAGCGGACGAAAAUAACGCUGAAUGUCAAAAUUUUUAGAACUUUUAUUCUCAUUUAUUGUAAUGAAAACGUUUCAGUAUUUGAAAUAAAACUGAUUUUGUAAACAACAAAAGAGAUAACAAUGUUCUCGUUAUUCAAACAAUCAUAUCCUGCAACUAGCGUAGAGCAUGCGAUAUAUUGCCGUUUCUAUGGCGGAAAAGAAAAGAACUUGGUGGUUGCCGGUGCAAAUGUGUUACGAGUUUUCCGGCUUAUUCCAAAUACAGAUGAAAAAAUGUUACGGAAAGAAAGCGCUGAUGGCCAACCUCCCAAAAUGAAGUUAGAAUGCUUAGCAUCUUACAAUUUGUUUGGAAAAGUUAUGUCAAUUGCUGCAGUCAGUCUCCCAGGAUCGUCUCAAGAUACAAUACUAAUGAGCUUCGCUCACGCCAAGCUUAGUCUUAUUGAAUAUGACCCUGUGUCUGAUAACCUGAAAACAUUAUCACUUCACAACUUUGAAGAUGAAGGAAUAGGGAGUAACCACAAAAUACCAGAAAUUCGAGUGGAUCCUGAAGGAAGAUGUGCUGCUUUGUUAAUUUUUCGCAACACAUUAGCUAUUCUCCCUUUUCGCAAGGAUUCUGCUCAUGAUAGCAAUGUUACUCUUUCUUCGUAUAUUAUCAAGCUUACAGAUCUUGAAGAAAGAGUGGACAAUGUGAUUGAUGUGCAAUUCUUACAUGGCUACUAUGAGCCCACUUUAAUCAUCCUCUAUGAGCCAGUAGGAACAUUUCCAGGAAGAAUAGCAGUCCGCCAGGAUACUUGUAAUAUGGUAGCUGUGUCGUUAAACACUCAGCAGCGUGUCCAUCCGAUAAUCUGGUCAUUGAACAGUCUUCCAUUUGAUUGCUCUCAAUUACUACCGGUUCCCAAGCCAUUAGGUGGGGCUUUAAUUAUGGCGGUUAAUUCAGUCAUUUAUGUAAAUCAAAGCGUUCCCCCUUACGGAGUGUCUGUCAACAGCAUUGCGGACCACUGCACCAGCUUCCCUUUGAAACCGUACGAAGGCUCGAGGAUAGGUCUUGACUGUGCUCGAGCUGCCUUCUUGCAGUACGACCGAGUUGUCCUUUCACUGAAGGGUGGCGAACUAUACGUGUUAACGUUGUUUGCCGACAGUAUGCGGUCCGUACGCAAGUUUCAUCUUGAGAAAGCCGCCGCCAGUGUCUUGACUACCUGUCUAUGCAUCUGCGAUAACUACUUGUUUCUCGGCUCACGGCUUGGCAAUUCGUUGCUCUUGGCCUUUCAGACUAAAGACUACAACCAGUAUGCAACUCCUUUCGCUGCAAAGAAACCUAAGAUGGAGCAAUUCAGUUUGCUCUUUGAUCAGGAAUUGGAUCAUUUAGACGAGGAGGAGAUUGACAACUACCUCUAUGGAGAAGAUCAUGAGUCGACUGACAGUAAGGCCAUUAGUUAUCAAUUUGAGGUUUGUGACAGCCUCCUCAAUAUUGGACCUUGUGGACAGAUGGCAGUAGGUGAACCAGCGUCAACUUGUACUGAUUUUGAUAAAAAGAGUCCAGAUCCUGAUGUUGAAAUUGUUACUACUUCUGGUUAUGGAAAGAAUGGAGCUAUUUGUGUGCUACAGCGUACAAUGAAACCACAGGUUGUCACGACGUUUGAGCUCCCUGAAGUGAGUGACAUGUUCACUGUGUUUGCUUCGCGUAAUAAUGAAGACGCUAUUAUGCAUACAUAUUUGCUACUUUCACGAGCUGAUUCCACAAUGGUUUUACAAACCGGACAAGAAAUUAAUGAAAUGGAUCAAUCAGGGUUUAACGUGACUAGCCCUACUAUUUUGGCAGCAAAUCUAGGAAAUAAUAGAUUUAUUGUUCAAGUUUGCCCUACAAGCGUACGUUUACUUGAUGCCGCUGCAACCGUUCUUCAGGAAUUAGUAAUGGACUCCGACUUCCUUAUAACUUCGGCAUCGGCUUCGGAUCCCUAUGUUGCUGUUUUGACUGAGAAUGGUCGAAUCGGUCUUCUUACAUUUGUCGAAGGAUCUCAACUCGAAAUGAUUUUUCCUGUCCUCUCUAAGAAUUCUCCUGUCGUUUGCGUCUGUUUAUACCGUGACAUUAGUGGUUUGUUUAACACAACUAUCCCGGAAACGGAUUCGCCGGAAACCACGAAAUUGCAUACGGCCAACAAAUCUCUAAAUGCUAAAAAGGAAAUGGAUGACGAAGAAGAUUAUCUCUACGGUGAUACCAACACCGAAGAAAGUCGACCCACAGAAGACAAAACUCACACUAAAUUUACUCCUCAACAAAAAGUAAUCGACUACUUCCGAGAAAUAAAGCCAACCUUUUGGCUCUCCAUCAUUCGGCAAAAUGGAACAUUAGAAAUCUACUCACUAGCAGGCCAAUCAGUAGUGGAAACUUUUCAGACUGUUCACGUACACUUAGGACACCGACUUCUCUUUAAUAUGAAAGCAGAUGAGACAUCUCUUCCAUCGUCGACUCACUGCAAUAUCGUAGAAAUGGGAAUCUUCGGUCUUGGACACUUACAUCGCCGACCCCUUUUGAUGAUUAGAACUUCAGAUUUCGGUGUUUUGCUUUACGAAGCCAUACCUGCCUUACCGAUUUACGAUAGCAAACAGAAAAAUGAACUUAAAAUACGAUUCAGAAAGCUAAACCAUAGCCUUCUUCUGAGAGAAACCAAAACUUAUGUUCGAAAAGGUGGUCAGUCUGUGGUACUAGAACCUUAUGCGUGGAAAACAAAUCAGUUUAAAUAUUUUUCAAAUAUUGCUGGCUAUACCGGGGUGUUUAUUGGCGGCCCCUAUCCACACUGGUUGUUUAUGACUUCACGCGGCGAAUUGCGGUUACAUCCCAUGAGUAUUGAUGGUUCAAUAAAAUGCUUCGCAUGUUUUCACAACGUUAACUGCGCCCAAGGUUUUAUUUAUCUCAAUCGAAAAGAUGAAUUGCGGAUAUGUUUAUUACCAACCCUGUUCAACUACGAUGCCCCCUGGCCUGUUCGCAAAGUUCCACUACGUUGUACUCCGCACUACCUGAUAUACCACGUUGAAACGAAAACGUAUAUUUUGGCGACCAGUCUGGCUGAACCCACAAACAGAAUUUAUCGGUUUAAUGGAGACGACAAAGAACUGAGUUUAGAAGAACGAGACGACCGCUUUCCAUAUCCCCACGUGGAAAAGUUUGCCAUCCAACUGAUUUCACCCGUAACUUGGGAAGCAGUUCCUAAUACCCGGAUGGAUUUGGAUGAUUGGGAACACGUAACAUGUUUGAAAACCGUAAGCCUUGAGUACGAAGGCCACGCUUCGGGGUUAAAGGAUUACCUUGCAGUCAGCACAAAUUACAACUACGGCGAGGACAUCAUCAGUCGUGGUCGAAUCUUUAUUCUUGAUUUGAUCGAAGUCGUUCCAGAACCCGGUCAACCAUUGACUAAAAACAAAAUCAAAACGCUCUAUGCUAAGGAUCAGAAGGGACCUGUUGCCGCUAUUAGUAGUGUCUGCGGUUAUCUUGUGGCUGCGAUUGGUCAAAAGAUAUACUUAUGGCAACUCAAAAAUGAUGAUUUGGUCGGGAUUGCAUUUAUUGACACUGAAAUAUACAUCCACCAACUACUCAACAUUAAAAGUUUCAUCCUAGCAGCAGAUGUAUACAAGAGUGUUUCGAUUCUACGUUUCCAAGAAGAAUACCGAACGUUAUGUAUUGUGGCACGAGAUUACCAACCCCUCGAAGUCAUGGCCGUUGACUAUUAUAUCGACAACACACAGCUUGGUUUCUUAGUCAGCGAUGCAGAAAAGAACCUCAUUCUCUAUAUGUAUCAACCAGAGGCACGAGAGAGCCAAGGAGGGCACCGCCUUAUUCGCAAAGCCGAUUUCCAUGUUGGUCAAGUAGUUUCAACAAUGUUUCGAAUCAAAUGCAAAAUCGGUGACCCAACAACGGAAAAGCGCUUUCCUCCUCUCAUAGAAAAACGGCAAAUGAUAGGAUUUGGUACGCUUGAUGGCGGAUUGGGGUACGUGUUACCUAUUCCAGAGAAAACCUAUCGACGCUUGCAAAUGCUUCAUAAUGUUCUGCACACUACGAUGACUCAUGCUGGAGGACUCAACCCCAAGGCUUACCGAGCUUACCAGACCAAGAAUAAGAGCUUAGUUAACAAUACCAAAUCCAUUGUUGACGGAGAACUUGUUUUCAGCUUCCUUACGCUCCCACACGAAGAACAAUUAGAAGUGGCAAGAAAAAUUGGAACUAAAGUUGAAGAAUUGAUAGAUGAUUUCAUUGAAAUAGAUCGAUACACGGCUCAUUUUUGAACAGGCAUUGCAUUCAAAUACACAAAUCGGUUCUCAGAUAA